AUGGCGCCUUCAAAGGACUCCAAAGCGGCCAAGCGCAACUUGCUCGACGACUCCGACUCCGACUCUGACAAUGGAGGGGCCGCCGUCGACUCUGGCUUCAAAGUAAACGAAGAGUUUGCCCGUCGCUUCGAACACAACAAGAAAAGAGAAGAGCAACACAGACUCGAAGAGAAAUUAAAAAACGGCCAGGACGAUGACGAAGACUCGUCCGACGAUGAAAGCGAGGAUGAGAACGGCUUCCUGGCCACCGAGGACCUCGACGCCCAAAUCUCUGCAACUCUUCAGGCCAUCAAAAACAAAGAUCCUCGAGUCUACGACAAAGAUCAGACUUUCUACAAGCCUGACGACGAGACUGGCGACGCUAAGACGGAGAAGAAGGAAAAGCCCGUCUUCCUUCGCGAUUACCACCGAGAAAAGAUUCUGCGGGGAGAUAUCGGCGCGGACGAGGAGGAGGAGCAACCUCAGACAUACGACCAAGAACAAGAAGCUGCUAAGCUAGAAUUCCUUUCCGGCGUGAGAGACGCGGAAGGGGACAGCGACUCGGACGAUGACGACGGAUUCGUGGUCAAGAAGAAGUCAGAUGGCGCAGCGCCCAAGUCAUCCAAUGGCAUCCACCCUUCUCGAUCAGCCAAGGUGAAGGUCUCUGGGGCUAAUGUUGGAGAUGCCGACAAGGACCCCGAGACAUUUCUGUCCAACUUUAUGGCCGCCAGAGCAUGGGUCGAAGAGGAGGGUGGUCGUUGGAAGGCCUUUGAAUCAGAUGAUGGCGAAGAGGACGACCGCGCCGAUGAAUUUGAGCAGGCCUACAACUUGCGCUUUGAAGACCCUGAAAAGAGCAGAGAAGUGCUGCGCUCCUAUGCCCGUGACAUUACGAACUCGCGCUCCGUCCGCCGCGAAGAAGCCACAGGCCGCAAGCGCCUACGAGAGCUGGAAAAGGAGCGCAAGGAGGCAGAGAAGAAAGAGCGUGGCGAUGAGAAGGCGCGUCUGCGCAAACUCAAGGUCGAAGAGGCCGAGAAGAAGCUGCGCAAGAUCAAACAGGCCGCCGGCGCCGUCGGCAAGGAGUUGUCGGACGAGGAAUGGAUGAGCUUCCUGGACGGUGCGUGGGAGAAUGACAACUGGGAGGAGGAGAUGCAGAAGCGCUUCGGCGACGACUACUACGCCGUGCGGGACGACGACUUUGCGGCCGACUCGGAUGUCGAAGUGGCGUCGUUCAAGAAGAGCAAAAGGCCCAAGAAGCCCAAGUGGGACGACGACAUUCAGAUCAACGACAUCGUCUCCGAUUUCGACGAGGAGGAAGCCAAAGCCGAGUUUGACCUAAGCGACGCCGAGGAAGAAGAUGACGAGGAGGAAGAGGCUGCCCCGGCCAAGAAGAAGCGCAAGACGGCCGAUAUCAAAAAGGAACGCAUUGAGGCCCAGAAAAAGUCCAAGAAGGAGCGCGCCAAGCUCGAGGCCCUCGUCGACACCAAGAUGGAGCUCACCGACCACGACCUCCUCCGCGACUCGGCGCGCCUCGCCUCCGAGGCCGCCGGCACUGCCGACCCGUCCGCGGCCGUGCAGCCGUUCCGCUACCGCGAGACCUCGCCCCAGUCCUUUGGCAUGACGGCACGCGACAUCCUGCUCGCGCCCUCGGACCAGGUCCUCAACGAGUACGCCGGCCUCAAGAAGUUUGCCUCGUUCCGCGAGGAGGAGAAGAAGCGCCGCGACCGCAAGCACCUCGGAAAAAAGGCACGCCUGAGGCAGUGGCGCAAGGAGGUCUUUGGCCACGAGUUCGAGCGCACCGGCCCGACAUUUGGCUUUGAAAAGUACGCAGACGAGGAGGAGGCGGUGGCAGAGCAGCAGCAGCCGCGGAGGAAACACGAGGCGAAAAAGGACUCGACCACCACCAUGAGCAACAUCGUCGAGCGCGAUGGCGAGGCGUCGGGCAAGAAGAAGAGGAAGCGGUCCAAGAACAAAAAGUCAGCCGAGACGGAAGCGUAA